AUGUACGAGCCGACUCAAAAGGAAUUCAGAACGGAAACAUGCACAAAAACAUCUUAUCCAAGUGUUUUUGGAAAGACUGUUACGCUGCCGAUGCUAUUGAAAUCCGGGAUUUUAGUUCCGGGUAAAUCAACAAUGUCCAUCGAGUAUAUGGGACAAAAAUUUAUUGGGGAUCUUUUAGACGACGGUAAGAUCAAGUCUCAAGAAACAGAAACAAUUUUUUGUUCUCCAAGUGCUUGGGCAAUCAAUUGUAAGAAAAUCAUUAAUCCAGACAAAAAAUCAGGAUGUGGUUGGGCCAGUGUGAAGUACAAAGGAAAGAAACUCGACAUUUACAAAGCGAUGUAUCAUAAAAAGUGCCAACAGCAAAAAGAUGAAGAAGAUAUUCCAAGUGAAGAUGAAGAAAAAGAGGUGAUAACAAAACCAGUUGAAUUACCAGUUCCGCCAAAAAAGAAUCUUCUUCAACACAGUGCUAUUUGUAAUCAAACAAUUCUGCAAGAUAUCAAUAUGCUGGUUGAAGCAGUUCCAUUCUCAAACAUUGGUCGAGUUCAACCUUUUCUCGUCAAUAUUACUUCAUCAGCGACCCUUCUCAUUGAUUUUCAUAGUCAUCUUACAACAAACGAAGUCUGCGGAUAUCUUGGUGGUACAUGGGAUUUUAAUACACACAAUUUAAACAUCACGCACACUUUUCCUUUACUCAACACACGAUUUGAUCGUGAAAAGUCAGCCGAAUGUGAAUACGAAAUUCAGAAAGCAAUGCUUGAUAAAAACAUUCAGCUUGUUGGUUGGUAUCAUUCACAUCCACGAUUUUCAGCUCAUCCAACGCUUCGUGAUUGUGAUAAGCAAAUGGACUAUCAAAUUAAGCUUCGUGGAACUUCAGACACAACAUAUACGCCAUGCGUUGGCUUUAUUUUUGCCUCAUAUGAUGCAGAGGAUGAAGAUGUCGAAGAAGAAGGCAAAAUGAUGCCUUUUUGGGUGUUACCACCGCCUGAAAAUCGACCACACGAACUCGGACGGCCGAUGUCAAUGACAUACAAUAUCAUUCAAGAUGAAAAACUACCCGAUGAAAUCAAAGAACAAAUGUCGACUUGUAUUAAUUACUACAGAAAAUUCCAAUUUGAACUUCUCGAUUUUUCCGAGAUGAAACUGAAGGAUGAUGUAAUGGUGCUGGAAAAAGUGAAAAAUUCAAUGUUCCAACGAUUUCCAAUUGAAGAUCAAAACACGGGUGAAUUAUGGAAUUGGAUACUCGAACUUAUAGGAUUGGAAAGAGAAGAUCCAGUUGUGAUUCCAAAAAAAAUAUUUGAUAAAAAGAAACGUCUUGAAGAUGAAGCGAGAGAAAGAGAAAAUUUGCUAAGGGAACAGGAAGAGAAGAAAUUGCGUGAUGAACAAGAAGCAACAAAACAAGCACUUAAUGCAAUAUCAAGUUUACAGCAACAACUCAGUCAACCUUCGGGAUUGAACAUGACCCCUUCGCCAAUCUCAUCAGCAAUAAUUUCAUUGCCAGCGACAACAAAUCAUAAGCAAAGUACGUCGUCGAAUGCAACAAAUACGUCAUCGUCACCACGUGAUAGUCCAGCGACUAUUCCGUCAACAGCAACAAGUCCAGCAAAAUUUGAAGUUCCAAUUCGAGCGAGUCCAUCGCCAGCUAAAUCUGAUACUUCAUCAGUAAGAGCUCGAAAUUCACCAGCACCAAGUCCAGCAAAGUUACCAGAACGUCCACCACGUAACAGUUCCAGUGUCAGCUCAACAAGUUCCAAAUAUGAUCUCGGUUACUCAUCAAACAACCUCAGUGAUCUCUACGCUGCAACACUUGCUUCCUUUGCCAAGAAUCUACCACCAGGACUCCUUCCAAACGACUACGCGUCGUUUCUUCAAGGAUCAAAAAUGUCUGAUUUUGGAAUAACUGAUUACCAUCAUCAACAACAUCAUCAUGAGAAUGUGAGAGAAACAACAAGUAAACGGAAAGGUCGGCCACCAAGUAAUCAUAAUCAAAAUCAAAAUAAUUAUGAUUACGAAGGUUACAAAUCAGAAGUUGGAAAAAUUGCUGAUUUAAUGAAGUCUCCUGAAUAUACUCAAAUGCUUAUGAAUCAAGCGAAUGCUUUUCGUGGUUUAGGAUCUGAAAUCACUGUGACAAGAAAAUCUUCUAACAAUAAUUCACCGUCGUCAAAUUCCAAUAAAAAAGCUUCGCCAUCAACAUCAACGACAACAACGGUGUCAGCAACCUCGAAUCAAAGCAACUAUUCGCAAUCAUCAAACAAUAAUUCAGCAUCGAAAUCAUCACUUUUACAACAUUUACCAGUCAUGGAUUUGAAUUAUCUUGCUGAAAUAUAUUAA